AUGACAUCUAACGUAUCAAAAUGUACAGGAUGUGGUGCAACAGUUUACAAUGCCGAUAAAUAUGAAAAAUAUGAGGGCAAAAUUUACGACAAUCGUUGUUUUAAAUGUUCACAUGCCGAUUUUUGGGCAUUGGUUCGUGAGCCAGGUCCAGCUGAUGACAGCAAUACCAGUGCCAUACAACCUCUGUCCUAUAAAACAAUCGAACAGAAGCAGUCGAAUACCGAGAGACAAUUAGUUGAUAUUGAUUCCCAAUGCGUUCCACUAACAUUAACUCCUCGUGCUCCUUUGAUAGAUGGUGUUACUGCGAAUGAUGCGGCUAUUUUUCAAGAGAAGGUGAGAUCAACACGUCGCGAAGCCACUGAUCAAAUGGUGGGUCAAAUAUUUCAGGCUUUAACCAAAGAGUUCCAUAUCAUUGUCUGUAAUUCACCCCGUGUCGGUAAAAGCACGUUGAUUAACGCCAUAUGUGGACGAGCAGUAGCUGAAACUAAAGAUGGUCUUGCUUCAUGUACGAAAGCUAUUAGCUGUCACAAACUGGAAGGUGAGUGUGAAAUUGAUUCAAAGAUUAUUCAUUAUAAAUAUAAUUUUUGUGACACACCCGGAUUUGAAUCAUGGGACAAAAAUGAUAUUCGACCGAAUGUAAAACCGAUUGUUACAAAAACCUGA